GAGAGAUGCUGGAAGAAACUUCUUAAAUGACCGCGUCCGGCUGGCCGUGGAGCAUUUCUGGGUUGGGGAGAGGAAAGGAAAGUGGAAAAAACCAGAGAACUUCCUGAUCUCUCUUGCUGUGAGACAUGUCUGAGACUCCUGCUCAGUGUAGCAUUAAGCAGGAACGAAUUUCAUAUACACCUCCAGAGAGCCCGGUGCCGAAUUACGCCUCCUCGACUCCACUACAUGUUCCAGUGCCUCGAGCGCUCAGGAUGGAGGAAGACUCGAUCCGCCUGCCAGCGCACCUGCGCUUGCAGCCAAUUUACUGGAGCAGGGAUGACGUAGCCCAGUGGCUCAAGUGGGCUGAAAAUGAGUUUUCUUUAAGGCCAAUUGACAGCAACACAUUUGAGAUGAAUGGCAAAGCUCUCCUGCUGCUGACCAAAGAGGACUUUCGCUAUCGAUCUCCUCAUUCAGGUGAUGUGCUCUAUGAACUCCUUCAGCAUAUUCUGAAGCAGAGGAAACCUCGAAUUCUCUUCUCACCAUUCUUCCACCCUGGAAACUCACUGCACACCCAGCCAGAGGUCAUACUGCACCAGAACCACGAGGAAGAUAACUGUGUCCAGAGGACCCCGAGGCCAUCCGUGGAGAACGUGCAUCACAACCCCCCCACCAUUGAACUGUUGCACCGGUCCCGGUCACCUAUCACCACAAAUCACCGGCCUUCUCCUGACCCCGAGCAGCGGCCCCUGCGAUCCCCCCUGGACAACAUGAUCCGCCGCCUCUCCCCAGCCGACAGGGCGCAGGGACCACGGCUCCAUCAGGAGAACAACCACCAAGAAUCCUACCCGCUGUCCGUGUCUCCCAUGGAGAAUAAUCACUGCCCACCGUCCUCAGAGCCACACCAGAAGCCAUCCAGCCCCCGGCAGGAGAGCACACGAGUGAUCCAGCUGAUGCCCAGCCCCAUCAUGCACCCCCUGAUCUUGAACCCCCGACACUCCAUGGAUUUCAAACAGUCCAGGCUCUCCGAGGACGGGCUGCAUAGAGAGGGGAAACCCAUCAACCUCUCUCACCGGGAAGACUUGGCCUACAUGAACCAUAUCAUGGUCUCAGUUUCCCCGCCUGAGGAGCAUGCGAUGCCCAUUGGGAGAAUAGCAGACUGUAGACUGCUCUGGGAUUACGUCUAUCAAUUGCUUUCUGACAGCCGGUACGAAAACUUCAUCCGAUGGGAAGACAAAGAAUCCAAAAUAUUCCGGAUAGUGGAUCCCAACGGACUGGCUCGACUAUGGGGAAACCAUAAGAACAGAACAAACAUGACCUAUGAGAAAAUGUCCAGAGCCCUGCGCCACUACUACAAACUAAACAUUAUCAGGAAGGAGCCAGGACAAAGGCUUUUGUUCAGGUUUAUGAAAACCCCCGAUGAAAUCAUGAGUGGCCGGACAGACCGCCUGGAGCACCUAGAGUCCCAGGAGCUGGAUGAACAAAUAUACCAAGAAGAUGAGUGCUGAAGGAACCACGACAGCACAGCGCCAGAGACCCUGUCCGCCAGGAUUGCUGGAGCAGGGACGGAACAGGGGGCUGUGGAGCAAAGGAAGAGACCCCGAAGAGAAGUGAUGCUUCUCUUGUGUACCAGGAGGGACCCCAGAGCACCUUAGACAAACCAGCCAGCAAAGGCGGGGCUGG